ACGCUUGCCCGAUGUUUUGCCGGACGAAAUCCCGUUCGCGUUCCCGAACCGGGGCCGCCUCCGUAACGACUCCAAACAACGCCGGCGACGGAGGCCGGAAGGCGUCGCCCAUUCUACUUCGCUCACCCCCAUCGAGUCCUCUAGAACACGUUCCGCGCAUUCGCGAUGGAGAUGCAUUUUCAGCGCCAGGAUCCCGUCCCCUGUUCGCGGGGCUGUGGCCGAGGAUGCGAACCAACUACGUCCGACCCUCGAGGCUCGGUGCUGGGCUGGCUUGCUCAUGCCGUCGUGGCCUCCCUCCUGCCCUCCCUCCACCCAAACCCCAGAAUUUCCUUCCUCUCUGCUUUCUCGUCAUUCUUCCUUCUUUUAACAUACUCCUUAGCUCACUAUGACGGUUCAACAACAGUUGCGCUUUUCCGAGGUGGACCAGGAAAGCGUUAAUGCGCUCCUCCAGGAUUACUUGGACAGUGUCAUAGAGGAGGAGGGUAACGAGCAGCCCUUUGUUGCUCCGGGCACACAAGCGGAGCGCGAUAGAAUAUGGACUGCCUGGACCGAUUUCUGUGGACUUACCCGAAAAAAAGAGGAUGAGAUGGACAGCCACGGUACUCCCCAGAG